CGUUCGGUGCGGGGCGGUCGGCGGGGCCGGUGCUGUUAGUGCGGGGCCGGUUCGGGGCGAUGGGCGCGGCACGGGAGCUCGCAGGGUACCUGGCGGCGCUGGGCGGGUGGGUGGCGGCGAUAGCGGCCGCAGUGCUGCCCCACUGGAGGCAGAGCUCCUACGCCGGGGACGCCAUCAUCACGGCCGUGGGGCUGCACCAGGGUCUGUGGAUGAGCUGCGCCGCGCAGAGCACCGGACAGGUGCAGUGCCGCCUCCACGAGUCGCUCCUCUCCCUCGACGUUCACAUCCAGACCACCCGGGCUCUCAUGGUGAUUUCUCUCCUCCUGGGAUUCUUCGGAGUCGUUGUGAGCGUGGUGGGCAUGAAAUGCACCAAAGUUGGGGAAAGUGAUCCCGUUACCAAGGGCCGCGUUGCUGUUGCUGGUGGUGUCUUCUUCAUCCUCUCCGGUUUGUGCACGUUGACCGCCGUGUCCAUGUAUGCAGCACGGGUGACUCAAGAGUUCUUCAGGGACAACGGUGUCCCCAAGAAUGCCAAGUACGAGUUCGGCUCCGCUCUCUUCAUCGGCUGGGGGGCCGCCAGCCUCAGCAUGCUGGGAGGUGCUCUGCUCUGCUGCUCCUGCUCCACCAAGGAGCGUCGGGCGCAGCCGUACUACCGGCAGUCGCAGCCUUCCACGGCUCGGGAACCCCCUGUAAAAAAGCCUCCUUCACCCCUCAGGGCAGAGCAGCGCCUGUAGCCUGGCUUCACCCAUGGGUGCUGGGGUGGCUGCACCCAAGUGAUGGGGGUCCAGAAACCCCCACCUAAAGCUCCCGUGUGAGGAUUGGGAAGAAAACCCAUCCCAAAGAUGUUUUUGUAUCAAGCCCAGCGUGCUGCAGGAAAAAAAAAAAAACGGUUUUAUUCUUUUACUAUAAAAUUACAUUCACUCCCCUCCGGGUGUGUGGUGGGAAUGGGGCCGGGUUGGGGUUUUAAAUGCUUUUUUUUUGUGACUCAGUGGUAUUAAAAUAUUUCUGAUUGUGGUCAUCUUUCUGCAAUCGCCUCUUUGUUCUUUCCUCUCCCAAAUCCCAAGCUGCUCCUUGGCUUCGACGAAGGGGAUUCUCCCCAUCCUGACCGUUUUCUGCGUCUCUGGCUAAAAAAACUCAAGUUUUUUUUGCUAGGUGUUGCUGUGAAAGGAGGGAAUUUGGCCUUAAAAAGUGCUGGAUUUAAGGCUGAGCCCACAGAAGAGCCCAGGUGUCCCCCAGAGCAGCGCUGCACCGAGGAUCUCAGGUUCAGUCCCCUCGCAGGGCUCUUCUGGAGGCUGGAAUGUCACCAGCAUCCUCCUCUGAUGGACCCUCAAAGCUGGGCUUUCCUUUAUUUGCUGUCAUCUCAGAGCUGGUUUGUGCCUAACGGGCUGCUUUGCUAAUUAAAGCUGAUUUUUGCUUUCCCUGUGGAGGGGCGGGGACCACUCCUUGUGAUGCAAUGCUUGGUUUUCCUUGGAAGAUGAUGCUUCCCACCUACGUUUUUACAUGGCUGAUGUCUUAUCUCAGCAUCCUUGUCCUGCCCACAGCACCUGGACCACGGAUACACUGCAUCCCACCUCUGCAAACAGCGAUUUGGGGUCCUUGGUGACUCCCGUGACAGCUCUGUGGGUCACCCAAGGGCUCCCUGGGAAUGGAUGCCCAGCCUGGAAGCACGUCAAGGGUGGGGUGCUGGGUGGGAAAAAUAGUUGAGCUGCGAUAACGUGUUUGGGGGUACAAAGGCCCCCACUGUCCUCCAAACAAUCCCUCGUGUGUUCUGCACAGGGCGAAGCGUGAUAAAAUAUGGGAACGGGAUGUUGGGCUCACUGCAAUACGUGGGAUCUGCCUUUGUCCAUAGCGCAUCCAGGCUGAAAUGUGUCCGUCCCCUUCCACCACUCUGCUUUUGCCAAAUAAAAAUCAGUGUGAUGAACAAUAUUGAGGUGUUUUGGUGUAGCUGUUGCGUCACUGACAGCCCAGAAACCAACCGUGUCCUGGGCUGCGCCCGGAGCAGUGGGACCAGCAGGACCAGGGAGAGGAUUCUGCCCUUCUGCUCCGCUCUGGUGAGACCCCCUUGGAACUUCGUGUCCAAUUGUGGAGUCCUCAUCACAGGAAGGACAUGGAACUGUUGGAACAAGUCCAGAGGAGGCCAUGGAGAUGAUCUGAGGGCUGGAGAACCUCUUAGAAUUGUAGAAUCAUAGAAUAGUUUGGGUUGGAAGGGACCUUAAUGAUCAUCUAGUUCCAACCCCCCUUCCAUGGGCAGGGACAUCCCUGUAGAGUCCCACCUCUUCUAUGAAGACCUGCUGAGAGAG